CAUGUUCAUCCAGAGAGCUGCCUAAAUUCGGACCCUGCGCAGAGCUCAGCGGGAAAGUAAUUCACUUAGACUCUUCCCUAGCCCAGUGAUGAACAGAAUUGAAUCCAAUCAACCCCGCUCGGCGUUCUUGCGGGUCACGGAGCCUGUAGUAGCCACUUGGAGCCAAUAGGGGGCAUACGUUAAAAGGCCCCAGGGGGCGGGCCGCCGAGCACGCCUCUCGGUAGCCCAGUGGUGUCUCUCGGCUUCCGUUGAGCAUCGGGCAAGAUGGCGGCCUCCGAGACGGUUAGGCUACGGCUUCAAUUUGAUUACCCGCCGCCGGCUACCCCGCACUGCACGGCCUUCUGGCUUCUUGUCGACUUGAACAGAUGCCGAGUGGUCACGGAUCUCAUUAGUCUCAUCCGCCAGCGCUUCGGCUUCAGUUCUGGGGCCCUCCUGGGCCUCUACUUGGAGGGGGGGCUCUUGCCCCCAGCCGAGAGCGCGCGCUUGGUACGAGACAACGACUGCCUCAGAGUUAAAUUAGAAGAGAGAGCAGCUGCUGAGAACACCGUGACCAUCAAGAAUGGUGGUGAUAGUCAUUUAUUACCUAAAAAAGCAAAGAAGAGGGCAUUUAAGUUGGAGGAGGGUGAAGAAACUGAACUAGAUUACAAGAAUUCAAAGAAGCAUUGGAAGAAGCAAGAGAAUAGUAAUGAUGAGAAGACCUUGGAUCUAGAACCAAAAGCUGUCAUAGAUCUGAGUGUGAGGAAAAAAAGCAAGAGGAAAAACAAAGCCAUGUGUAGUGUGGUGGAUGGUGAUGACGAAGAAACCAAGAGAAAAUCACCAAAGAGAAAGGAGAAAUGUGAAUAUAAAAAGCAGACAAAGAACUCCAGGUCUUCCAAAGCACAGACAGUGAAGGACUGGGCCGCCCCGAACUGUGGUCCUCCGAAAGGCUCACCUGCUAGAAACAGCCUGGUCAAAGCCAAAAGGAAAGGUGGCACGGCCAUUAGUACAAAAGAUAGUCCCAUUUCCUCCUCAGAGUCCGAGUCCUACCAUGAAUCAACCAGCGAUGGUCUCAGGCAUGUCAUCUUGGAGGUCAGAAAUUCCUCAGAGAGAAUAUCAACUGAGUCAUCAAAGGAGGGACCCUCUACCAAAAACACAGCUGCAAACAAAGUGGCCGCCAAAACUGGCUUUAACUCUACCGCCGUCAAGGGCAAGACAACCAGAACGUCGUCUUCUAGUUCAGACUCUAGCUCAGAGUCAGAUGACCAGUGCACGGUGUCCAAGAGCACCCCGGAGCGCGCUGCCGGGUUCCUGAAGCCAGUAGGCCUCUUUGCAGGACGAGGCUGCCCAGGCCCGGGGCCCUGCUCACAGACUCCCAGUGCUGCCGCGUGGAAGCAUUCUGAAGCCAACGGUGCCAGACCCACCCCUCCUGCCCCUCCUCCCAACGUGACUCUCCCCGCCAGUUUGGGAAGAGGUUGGGGGAGAGGAGAGGACCUUCUUUCUUGGAAGGGGGCUAGGGGCCGGGGGAUGCGGGGUAGAGGCCGAGGCCGAGGGCAGGCCAUUUCCUUUGUGUUAAAUAGAAACGCCGAACAUCAGAAGCACCAGCAAUUAAAUGAAAUGGUCACAAACUCAUCUACUAUUAUCCAGAAUCCAGUAGAGACACACAAGAAGGACUACAGUUUAUUACCACUGUUAGCAGCUCCUCCUCAAGUUGGAGAAAAGAUUGCUUUUAAGCUUUUGGAACUAACGUCUGAUUAUUCUCCUGAUGUCUCUGACUAUAAGGAAGGAAAAAUACUAAGCCACAAUCCAGAGACCCAGCAAGUAGAUAUAGAAAUUCUUUCAUCCUUACCUGCCAUGAAAGAACCUGGGAAGUUUGAUUUGGUUUAUCACAAUGAAAAUGGAACUGAGGUAGUGGAGUACGCUGUGACGCAGGAGAAGAGGAUCACUGUUUUUUGGAGAGAGUUGAUUGACCCAAGAUUGAUUGUUGAAUCUCCGAGUACCAUACCAAGUACAGAGCCUGCUUGAGGAUGACCUCUCCGCCUCAUAGUUUAUGAAUGUCUUGUUCGUGAAAGUGACUAUAACCUGAACUUAAAAAAAAAAAAAAGAUUUGAAAGGUGUAUGCAUUUUUUGUUCACUUUACUGCAUAGGAAAAAAAUCUACCUCAUCAUUUAAAAUAACGUGGGUGUUGCUUUUUGUAGAUCUUUUUUUUUUUCCUUCUUCCAGGCUUAAUUUCAGGAACAAAAUUUAAAACAUGACAUUCCCUGCAGGCAUUGUUACAUAUCAGUAUAUUUGGUUUCUUCUCUUUUUUAUUUUUUGACCGUCAAGUAGCCAUCGUCAGUAGGAGUUUAUAACACCAAGUACAAGAAAAUGCUGCAUAUCUUGUCUUAGUAAGUUUUAUUAAGUAACGUUUUAAAACAUGAAAGCAUGUUACUUGACCUAAUUUUUUAACAUUCGGGUUGUUCCAUUAAAUAUGGAAUAUCUUAUAAAUUGCAAGUAUUUUAUAAUUGUAACUGUCAAGGAUUAAAAAGUAGCUGGGUUUGUUGGCAGGCAAUGAGUUAAGGUAUCCUUUCACAUUUUUCUCAACUUUAAAAUUGAGGAUUUUCAGAGCCCUGUGUAGAGCAGUGAAAAUAAGACCUUGUGUGUUUGCCUGGGAUGAACUGGUGUACCACCUGGGUGAGGGGAUCUCCUAUGAGUUCAGACCAGGGAACGUGUUACCUUGCUACAAGAUCCCAAGCACCUGGCUGAGUGUGCUGGAGUGAGGACUGAACAGAAACUUCAGUUUCUGUUAUUAUUCAACACAAAGCUAAAAUGACUAAAUCUAUACUGUGAAAAUUGCUUCUUUUUAACAAAAGAUCAGAUUCCUCCUUCAGCUUCGCAGAUUUUUAAAUAAAACCAUAUUGAACUAAAC